UGCUCCAUCUUCAUAGCCCAGUCCCACUCCGGAUUUCCUCCCUAUUUAUUGCCCCCAAGCCCAGCAGCGACGAACCAGACCCCUCUCCAUCUCCAUCUGCAUUUCCCCUUUUUUCUCUCUCCUUCUUUCCUCCAUUCCUCACGUCUCUUGGGGGGUCCCUGCUUUGUAGCAAUGGCCAUGGCCAAGUUCGUCGCUGUCAUGCUUUUAACUCUCCUCUCCUUCUCCAUCCUCCAAUCAACGGUCUUGGCAGCACAUGGUCAUGGCGGUCACCACUAUGACAUGAACAAGUAUGGUCCGGGGAGUGUGAAGAGUUCUCAAUGCCCAUCACAAUGCACGAGGAGGUGCGGCCAGACGCAGUACCAUAAGCCAUGCAUGUUCUUCUGUCAGAAGUGCUGCAGGAAGUGCCUGUGCGUGCCCCCGGGGUAUUAUGGGAACAAAGGUGUAUGCCCUUGCUACAACAACUGGAAGACCAAGCGAGGAGGACCCAAAUGCCCUUGAGCUAGCUAGGCUAGUACCACAUCUUAAUUAUAUAUAUAGUGCCGCUGCUCUACUACAACUAACUAGUCAUAUAGAGUUAUAUAUAGUAGUGUCGUUUAAGUUACGGAGUUGGUAGCGAGUGAAGACGGCUGGUGUUCAUUUAAUUGGGUCACCCCUUCAGUGCUUUCCUUUUUCCCCUGAAUGAGAGUGGCUGAUCACCUACCCAAGUAAUUAACUACUGUGGCAUCUGUCUGCUACCUUCAACAAUAUUUAUAUUUUAUAUAUUGGCACUAUCCGCGAUAUAUUUAUGGAA